AUGAACAUAUGAUUCGCUUAAUAAAUUUAUAAACCUUACGAUAAUAAUCUGCGUGAUUUUGCCAACUCCCUCAUUUAUUCAAUUAAGAACGUGGAUUUUAUUUCAACAGUCUCGACACUUUAAAUAAACCUCAAAACACAUUGUCAGCGUUUGGAGAAUUCCGAAGCAAAUAGGUACGUUAUUUUUCACGCGUCUUUUGUAAUUUGUACUAGUACUGCACGUGUGACGGUGUAACUGUAAUCAUAGUGCUGUAAUGGAAGAACUUUUAAAUAGCUGGGGCUUUGGGGAUUAUAUCCCUAUUUUUCAAGAGCAAGAAGUAGACGAAUCUGCUUUACUUCACUUGACAUUAGAAAGUGUCAAAGAGUUAAUACCAAAACUAGGGCCAAGAAUGAUCUUUUGGUCAAAAUUGAACGAAUAUAAACAAUUAAUAGCUAUGCCAAUUAUAAUACCAAACAAAAAUGAUCUAAACCUGAUAAACUUACAAAGUGACAACAUUUCGUCGCCAGAAACCUUUAAUUCCGAGCGAGAUUAUGAGAUAAAUUAUAAUGAACUAGCUUCGCCAUCAACUUCAAGCCAAACAUCUGCAGAGAGCACGAUUAAUUUAACUGACGAUGAUACAACAAACAUAGUUAAAAGUUUUGAAGCUUCUCUUAAAAGGCCAAUGGCUUUUCGUGGACCCGAAAUGCUAAAAAAAGCUUGCAGAAAUGUUUAUAACUUAAAUUUAAAGCAAUUUUUAGAAAAAACUGUUUCGGGGAAAUAUAUUUUAACGGCCUACCAAAAUCAAAAAAAACUAACCAAGGCUCUUCGCAGUCAAUUAUCAUAUAUCCUAAUAAGUGGAGUUAUGUCAGACACCAGAGAAAAUUUAAUUCCAUUGGACUUCGAAAUGUUGUGUGACAAAAUAUGCGAAUUAUUUCCUUCAGAAACCAGGUCAACAUACUACAUUCCUAGAAUUCCUGGUAAUAAACAUUUAAAACCAAUAAAUCCCAAAGGAAAACUGAUCGACAAAUAUCGAAAUUUAAAGAAACUUUAUUCUGACUCAAAUAGUAAAGAAAAGGUCGAAGAGGUGGUAAAUGAAGCAUCAUCUGCAUCAGAAGAUAACCACGGAAAUGAAGAUGAUUUGAAGGAAUCUGCUGGUUGGUUGAAAUUGUACGUUGAGCCAUGGGACUUAGUGUUACAACAUUGGAAUAAAUCCUUUAUAUUGCGCAAAACGGCUAAAAGUCCAACCGUGGCCGAAUUUAUAGGUGAAUGGCCUAUUUUGAAACAUCAAAAUGCAUAUAUGCUGGUGAAUCUAGAUUUUCAAAAACUAUAUCCCCAAUGUAGUAUCUCAUCACUUAUAAAUGAAUACAUGAAAUGGGAGAAAUUUUUUGAAAUUCUUAUGAACACUACCGUAUUGGAUAAGCCGAGUAGAGAAUUUUGCUGAUCUUCAAAACAAUACAGUUAACCAGGAUAGCAAGAACGGCAUACAAGUUGCAGCGCUGGCGAAGUUAUUUCCUCCCAAAGGCCGCAUUAAUACAAAAAAGCACUGGAAGCCCAGUAUUGUGGAAUGCCAAGAGAGCAUUAUCAAUUUAGUUUCUACCUGCGGGGAAAUCGAAGAAUGUAUCAACAAUCGCAUAAAAAAACUUUCUGAUCUGGGUGUUACAGACCAACCUUACUUGAUCGCUGUAGGAAAGGGAUUUUCCGAAAUCACCGAGUCGUAUGUUAUUAUAGACAAGCAUGUGUACAAAUCCAUCUCUGUUUUGCACUCUCUAGAUUUCCUAUUUCAAUCCUUUCAUGUGCUAAAUGCACGGUACCCUUUAGAGAGUGAGCACAUAUGGUUGCUUAUUGAGAGGGCUUUGUAUAAAAUUGAGCAUUCAAAAAUUAAAUCUCCUGCUGUAUUAACAAUUUUAAAAGAACACGAGAAUUUUGAAUAACUCAACGUUACUAAAUUGUAUGUUCAUUUUAUUGAUUGUUAACAAUUUCUUAUUUUAUUUUAUUAUCUCUGACUAGCUCAAACCAUUAUAAUGUUUAUCUGCCCGUUGUGUCUUAAAUAUUAUCCAGAAGUGGCAGACGUCAUCCGACAUAUCAAACUGAUUCAUGCACUGAGCAACCGGUUUGUUUGCAAACAAACUGAUUGCUGUAGAAUAUUUUCUAGUAUUUAUACUUUCAAACGGCAUCUACUAUUAAAACACAAAAAUGAAAUUUUCAACAAAUACCACCUGUAUGUACUAUCAAUGAUACUUAUCAAGAUUUAACAAACGACAAAUGUUCUCCAGACGAAACAUUUGAAUCGGCAGCUACAUGUUUUACUCCAACAUACAAUUGUACGGAUUUCAAAAAUAGAUUGCGCCACAAUUGUCUUUUACUUGUUUCAAAACUGUAUAGUAAUUAUUCUUUCCCAAGAAAUAUUGUGCAAAAUAUAAUUUUUGAAUUUUCAAACACUUUAAAAGCACCCUUAGAAAUUUUAAAAAGUAUAGUAUGUUCUCAAUUUGAAUUAUUCAAAGUAAACAAUGAAGGUACCAGUGAAAUAUUAGAUAUAAUCACAUCAUUAAGUGUUAUGUUUAAUGAUAUAAAUUCUGAGUAUUCUAGAUUUAAAGCUUUUAAAUCAUUAAAUGCUUACAUUGAUCCAAUUUCAAUUGCAUUAGGACAAAGAAUAAAUGAUGUUAAAAAGAGAUCUCGAAUAGUAAUGGAGAUAACCGAUGCUACAUGCCAAUACAUCCCUAUUGCUAAAACUUUGCAAACAUUUCUGCAAUUAUCAUCAGUUUUUGAUACAAUUUAUGCUUACACACAAUCUUUAAAAGACAUGCCACAAUUAGUCAAUAUCAUGCAGGGUGAAUUGUGGAAAAAUAUUGAGGCAAAGUUCGAAAACAAAAUUGUUUUCCCUUUACUAAUUUACGGCGACGACUUUGAACUUGGCAAUCCUUUAGGCAGUUAUGCGGGCGUUCACAAGAUAUGUGGUAUAUAUAUGUCCUUGGCAUGUCUGCCUCCAGAAUGUAGUGCUCAUUUAGAAAAUAUAUUUUUAGUUCAAUUAUGUUAUUCGUCUGAUAUAAAAGAGUAUGGCAACAAAAAAAUUUUUCAAAAAAUCAUAACAGAUUUAAGAGUCUUCUGUACCCACUGCACCCAAUGUAAAUUUCCAUAAGAGCGC